AUGAAUGUAAAUAAAGGAGAAUAUGAAGCAGUUCGUAUUAAUACCGAUGAAAAAUUAACAAAUGGAUAUCGUUUUGUUAAUAAAAAAGGUCGAAUUAAUGUAACUUAUUCAUCUAUUGGACGUUUAAAACAUAUGCAUUCGAAUAUUAUUAUAUUUAUAAUGCAAACGGAAUGGUGGCUUGUAGUAACAGUUCUUUUACUUAGUUUUGUUUUAAGUUGGUUUAUAUUUGCAUUCCUUUAUUUUCUUGUAUCAAUUGAACAUGGAGAUUUCUUUUUAACAGAAGAAGAAGAUGAAGCGGCUUUAGAAAAUCGAACAAAUUAUACUUAUACACCAACAUAUGUUGAAAAAGAAAUGUGUGUACAAAAUGUACAUAAUUUUUUAAGUGCAUUACUUUUUUCAAUUGAAACUCAACAUACAAUUGGUUAUGGUUCAAGAUAUAUUACAACAGAAUGUAUGGGUGGAAUACUUUUAUUAGCACUUCAAUCAUCACUGGGAUAUUUAUUACAAGUUAUUGUUACACAAGUUGUUUUUACAAAAUUAUCAAGACCAACAGAAAAAUCUCGAUUUGUUGUCUUCAGUGAUAAUGCACUUAUACUUCCUAGAGAUAAAAACUUAACAUUAACAUUUCGAAUAGGGAAUUUAUCAGUUUCACAAUUAAUAUUUGCUAGUGUUCGUUUAUUGAUGAUUCGUGAACGACGAACAAUUGAAGGUGAAAUUAUUCCGCAUCAAAUUCAUGAUAUGGAAUUAACACAUCUUCGUAAUGGUCAAUUAUUUUUUCCUCGACCAUUUGUUGUUGAACAUAUUAUAAAUAAUCGUAGUCCACUCUAUGGAAUUCAAAGAGAUACAUUAGAAAAAGAACAUUUUGAGAUUAUUGCAAUAAUUGAAGGUAUUUUUGAUUAUACUGGUUUUUCAUGUCAUUUUCGUACAUCUUAUUUACCUAAUGAACUUUUGUGGGGUCAUCAAUUUUUAUCAUGUGAUGCAACAUUAGAAGGUUUUGAUUACAAACAAUUUAAUCGAACUAAAUUAAUCUAUGCUCUACCAAAUUGGGAUUACGAAGAUGAACACAGUGAUGAACCAACAUUACUAAAUUCACCAGCGAGUGCACCUAAUAUUUAUCAAAAUUCUCGCAUUUUUACAAAUCCAGUUGGAAGAGUACAGCAACAAAAUUUAAAACGAAAUAAUUCAUCUAAACGAAUAACAACAAAUAAUACAAUUUAUAUUGAAGAUAAACUAGAAAAAACAUAUUCAUUAUAA